AAAAUUACCUAUUUUCUAUGUAAUGAUUCUAACCUUAUCUCUUAUGAUUUUUGAAUAUUUCAAUUUUCAAAAUAAAUAUUUUCAAUAUGCUAUAUUUUCAUUCAAAUGAAUAUAAAAUAUGUGAAGUGGUUUUGAUAUUUUAAUUUAAUAAGCUUUUCAAUGGGACGUACCAAAAGAAUCAGAAGUAGAAAGAAAUUGAAUACUACGGAAUUAGACUUCACUUCUGAAGUUGAAUCUCUAAUGAGUUGGAUGAGAACUUUAAAUUGGAGAAAUACUUCCAAAAUAUGUUGUCGACCAUUUGAAAGUACAGGAAGAGGUAUAUCCUCCAUAAAGAGAGUUUGCAGUGAAGACAUUUUAAUAACAGUCCCUUUCAAACUCCUUAUUACUUAUUCAACAGUAACCAGCUCCGAAGAAUUUAUGAAACUUUUCAAGCUCCAAGCGAAACUCAGGAUACAUGACCUUUUGGCGGCCUUUCUAGUUCUCGAAAACCAUAAAAGGGAUCAAUCAUUCUGGAAAUACUAUUUAAAAUCGUUACCAUCUGUUGUACCAAAUUUGCCUUGGUUACUUUCAUAUGAAGAGAUUCAAUAUUUUCCAGAAGAACUAAGGAAAAAAUGUGAAAAAUGCAGGAGUGAUUUCGAAGAUAGUUGGAAAAGAUUACAAGAGUCAUUACUUACGUCUCGCAAUUGUUUGUGCUGUGAGAAAAAAGUAGAAGAAAUAUUUAAUUUGGAAUCGUACACCUGGGGCUAUAUAAUGGUGAAUACUAGAGGUGUAUUUGUAGAUCCUGAAUUAACUAAAACAUUCUCGAAAAGUGACAUAAUUGAUGACGAACCCCAAAUAGCUAUGAUUCCUCUCCUGGACAUGUUCAACCAUUCAGAUGUUGCAGAGAAUCAGAUUGAAUUCCAAGAAACUCCCCAAGGAUUAUUCUAUCAACUCUCAACAUUGAAUAAUUACAAAAAGAAUGAUCAAAUAUUUAUAUCUUAUGGAAGACAUGAUAAUACGACACUAUUUUCUGAAUAUGGAUUUUACUUACCGAAAAAUAGUAAUGAUAAAAUUAAAUUUUUACCUAGUGAUAUUUUGGACUGUUUAAAUUUAAAGCUGGACAAUUUUCAAUUUGAAUUUUUGAAGAAACAUCAGUUUUUGGAUUAUAAAGAACUCUUUAUUUCUUUGAUUGGCCCUUCUUUUAAACUGAAAGGAUUUUUAUAUGUAACUCUCAACAAAAAUGUAAGAAAUUACAGUGCUUAUAUUUUUUCGGAAAAUUACUCUGAAACUUUCCUUCAAUCAUUGCAAAAUUGUGGGACAAAAUUACUAAUUAUGAAAAUAAAAGAGUACAAGUGUGAUUAUUGGAAAUUCAAAAAUAAAUUCGGAGCAAAUAAUGAUGUGAGUUUGUUUUUGGAAAAGAGGGUCGAAUUUGUUGAGUUAAUAAAGAAAGAAUUGUUUUGAUAUGAAUAUAUCUCGUACACUAAAAAAAAUUGUAAGUUUCAUAAAUAUUUGAUUGAUUUGGUCCAUUUAACAUGAAGAACGCAUCAUACGAAUAUCUCGUACAUAGACCAUGGACCUGUCAUAUUAUUCUAGAAAUUUAAUAAAAACAACAAAAUUGA